UAACUAAUUCUGUACAUUGAACUACUUUGUGUUUAAAAAAUUAUCAUAAGUUAAUUUAUAUUUUACAUUCUAGAGAGAUAAAAUAUCGAUAUUGAUAAGAGUUUCUUAUAAUGUGUAAUAUAUAUGAUAUAACAAUGAAAAAUUCCGACUGGAUGUGAUCAAAUAAUAUUGUCCCAAAGACAUUCCAUAUCAUCUGGAUGUCCCAGAAAUAUAAUAUUUCUGAAAAUAUCUUGUUGUACGAAGGGGUACAUUAGUUUUCUAUUUAUGGAUUUUGCAAUAUUAUGACAAUGCUUGCUUCACAAGAACUAAAAAAUGCUUAAAAAUAUACUAUUAUAACAAAACCGGAUCUUUGUUGAUAAUAUUGAUACUGAUAAGAAAAAUGUUUAUUUCACAUUUCUUACCUUAAAACCAUUUUCAGACAUUCGAAAUGCUACGCAUAAAAAUUAUUAUCACUUUUUUUAUUCGCGAGUACACACUUUUUGUGAAAAUAUUCCAGACUUGAAUCUGAAUAUAUCUUUAAGUUGAAUUACAAUUGAUAAAGGUAAAAAGUGACAAAAAAAUAUGAAAAUACGAAAUUUAUUAUGUUGGAAGAAAAGUGAUUUUGCUUCAAAUUCUCUAGACGUUAAUACAAAAAAACAUACAUAUGGACAACUGCAAAGCAGAGAAUCGAUUUUUAGACAAUUUAUGUCUGUUCUUACUGGUUACAUCCUAAUGAUAGACACUGGAGCCCAAGCAACGUGGUCUUCACCAGCCUUAUCAUAUUUGACAAGUGCUGAAUCAGAAAUUCUCGUAACAGCUGAUCAAGGACCUUGGUUAGCCUCUAUUUGCAGUAUAUCUACAACAAUUGGCUUCCUUAUAUCUCCUAUAAUCGUAAAUCGUAUUGGUCGAAGACACACAAUUCUAUUUUUCUGUAUAACACAACUGAUAGCCUGGAUCUUACUCAAUUUCGCUUCUACUUAUACCUACCUAUGCUUAUCAAGAAUUGUCGUUGGGACAGGUUACGGUGGCACUUACACCACUCUUAACAUCUACAUAGGUGAAGUCACUGACAAAAGUUUAAGAGGAAAGUUUCUCUCUCUCAGCAAACUGUGCGUCAAUUUUGGUGCUUUCUUCAUCAAUACUGCCGGAGCUGUUCUGCCUUACAGAACCAUGAAUUUAGUUAUGGCUUUAUUACCUCUAACUGCACUUGCAGCAUUUCCAUUUUUGCUGGAAAGUCCAUAUUAUCAUUUAUUAAAAGGAAGAGACGAAGAAGCAAUAAAAACACUAAUGGAAUUGGCAAAAGUGACAAGACCUGAGAUUGUUUUCGCUGACAUUGAAAGGAUGAAGAAGAAUAUCGAGGAAAGUAAAGAAUCCAAAAACAAUAGCAUCAAAGAAUUAUUUUGCGAUAGAGGCAGUCGAAGAGCGUUUAUUAUUAAAUUAGCUACAAUAUUUAUAUAUGUAUUUGGUGGAUUUUUUGCCAUUCAAGCCUAUGCUCAACAAAUUUUUAGCAAUAGUGGAUCAUCCUUAGGACCAGAAUAUCAGGCAAUGAUAAUGACAGGAGUACAAAUAUUCGUUGGAUAUCCAUCUUCUAAAUUAGUUGAUGUUUGGGGAAGAAGGCCUGCUUAUUUAUUUUCUGGAAUAAUGUCUGCGAUCAUGUUAGGAAUAGGAGGAUUGUUUUUCUUUUUGAGAAUGUUCAUCGGAACCGAUGUUUCAAGUGUUACGUGGAUCCCAUUAUUGAGCAUGGUUUUUUACAUGAUUGUGUGUAAUAUGGGAAUAACUACUAUUCCUUAUAUAUAUGCAGGCGAACUUUUCUCUGUCAAGGUCAAGGGUGCAGCUGUAAUGAUAUUAGCGAUUAUUGAAUCGAUAUUCUCUUUCACGACAAAAAUUAUGCUACCAUGUGUAAAUGAAGCUGCUGGUAUUUAUACAUCUUUUUGGAUAUUUGCAUCUGUUUGUGCCAUUGGACCACUGAUUGUUUUCUAUACUACGCCCGAAACUAUGGGGAAAACUUUGGAGGAAGUUCUGGAAAUAAUGCGUGGGAAUAAGAAACAAGUUCAGAAGAUUCUUGUUUUAAAUUGAGCCAAAAUUAUCUUUGGACUUUCUACUUUUAAUGAAAACAUAUUUUCUAUAUAUAAUGUGUUUCAGUUUGAUAUUGUACUUUGGUACCUAUCAAUAAAACAUCCGCUGAUUCCUGAAAUAUAUGUUUACUCUCAACAUUUCAUCAUUUAUAAAAAUAUAAUUUUAAAUUUAAGAAAAAAAUGAAUUUAAUAUUAAAGUUCAUAUGAUACCGUAUGUUUGCUUCCUCCUAGAGAAAGCUUUGUAAUGGUAACAUUUUCGCAUAAUUUUUUAUUAAUUUAGUAAUUAGAUCAAAGAGGAAGGAAGUUAUUGUAAUUUAUAUUAUAAUUAAAAUCGAUUUUUGUAGUGAAAAUAUUUUCACUCUCAUAAUUUAAAGUUGAUGUGAGAAUAGAAAAGAUUUGUUUUUGAUCGUAACCUUUUCUCUUUAACAUAAUUUAAAAUUGAUGAAAGAAUAAAAAAUAUUCCUUGGUUCGAGACGAAUCGAAGG